CUUCACCCGGUGGACUGCGGACGCCACCUUUGUGUCAGAACUACAAAUGGACAAUGCAGGGAUUAAAAGAGGGAUAGUGAUUAAAGAUGACUGGCCGGGCUACAGCCUGGAUCUGUUCACCUACCCUGAGCACUACCAUGAAGACAUCGAGAGUGUCUACAUCCCACACGGGGUCAUCAUGAACAGGAUCGAGCGUCUGGCCAGCCACAUCAUGGACGACUUUGGGAAUAACAACAUCAUGGUGCUGUGCGUCCUGAAGGGAGGCUACAAGUUCUGCUCCGACCUGGUGGAGUUCAUCAAGGUUCUCGGACGGAACUCCGGCAAAUACCUGGAGACCCGAGUGGAGUUUAUCCGUCUGAAGAGCUACCUGAAUGACCAGUCGACUGAGGAUCUGCACAUCAUUGGAAGCCGGGAUCUGUCUUUUCUGCGUGGAAAGAGUGUGCUCAUUGUUGAGGCCAUCGUCGACACAGGAAAGACCAUGAAGGCCCUUCUGAAGCAUGUGGAGACCUUUGAACCCAAGAUGGUCAAGGUCGCGGGGCUGCUGGUGAAGAGGGUUCCCAACACCACCGACGCUCUGACGGACUACGUUGGAUUUGAAAUCCCCAACCGGUUCGUGGUGGGCUACGCCCUGGACUACAACGAAUACUUCCGCGACCUGAAUCACAUCUGUGUCAUCAGCAGAACCGGAAAGAUGAAGUACAAAGUCUGAGGAGAACUGAAGCUUUAAGUCAUUUGUAAAUUUGUUGUAAGCUUCAAUGACUUGAGUUUCUGAUAUUUAAAAUAAUGACUGUUAUAUAUA